AUGUCCUUGUUGGAUGAUAUUGGAUUCUCAUAUUGCAAACCUACUUCAUUGCCACUUGAUCCUAAUGUAAAGUUGAAUGCCUCAAAUGGUGAAUUGCUUGAGGAUGCAUGUCAGUAUAGAAGUCUGAUUGGUAGGCUGCUUUAUCUCACUAUUUCUAGACCUAAUAUAUGUUUUGCAGUGAAUAAGUUCAGUCAAUACAUAUCUGCUCUAAGAACUACACAUUUGGAUGUGGUACACCAUGUAUUACGCUACUUGAAAGCUACUUCAGGCCAAAGAUUGUUGUUUUCAUCAUUAUCAUAUUUGAUUUUCAAAGCUUAUGAUAAUGCUAAUUGGGAAAGUUGUGCUGAAACAAGAAUGUCCACAAUCGGUUAUUGUGUGUUUUUGGGUGAUUCCUUAAUUUGUUGGAAAUCCAAGAAUAUGAUACAGUCUCUAGAGAUCUAG